AUGACCACCAAAUCUGCAGCUGUGGAUGCUGCAAAGGAAAACAACAGAUCUGCCAGGUUGUCCACGACAGCGGGCAAAGAUGACACCAUGAAGGCGGCAAAGGAACGUGCAACUUCCAAGAAGCGUGCCGCUUCCAUCGGAGGCGAUGAGCUCGACACGCUGCUGAAGGAGUCCAGCACAAAAGCUAACGCCACCGUGGCAUCCACAAGCAGACGCAACGCUCCGGCGCCACGAAAGAGUGCCAUCCGUCAGGUUCCGCAGAUCUUCCUCAGCCCAACUGGUCUUGUGCCCAGUCCAGAGUCCAGAAAGGGCCUAGCUAUGCCCUCGCUUACCGAACAGAUCGCACAGAUUGGUAGGCCGGAGCCGGAGACCAGCGGCAAGUCAAUUCGAUCGUCACUCCCUCAUGUCAACGCUACCGAUCGCAAUCUCGGGCUCAGCUCUUUCGCCAACGUUGGCAAGGCUCGCGACUCGAUGCAGGCAACUAGCUUCGGAUCGCUCGGCGGAGCAGCGACCAGCAUUCUUUCUGCUCCCAACGCCGCGGCACCUGCGCCAAGAAGUGCCAUGACUCAAGUCAUCCGACCCAAACGAAGGGUCACUUUCAGCUCUAGGCAAGAGAAGACCGAGUUCGCACGCGAUGAGCCCACUCUCCGCCUCGGCAGCUUGAGAAGGGAGCAAGUCUCGCCUCCUUCGACGCCUGCGAGCUCUUCUGUUGUCAGCGCUGGCUUCGCUUCGUACAUCCAGUCUCAGGACGACUCCAGCUCGGAGAGUAACAGCGAAAGCGAGUCUGAGUCCGAGUCCGACAUGGAUCUCGAUGCUUCCAACGAGCUGGCCGCCAGGUCCCUCGCCGCUUCGAUCGCAGCAUCUCUGCCGCACGACGACUCCACCCUCGACCCUUCCAUGGACGCAUCGGCCGACGAGAGCAACGCAUCCGCCUCGAGCUCUAGUACCAACAUGGACUUCACUGGCACGCACGGCUCCGUUAAUAAGCGAGCAUUGGCCGACACUUCAGAUGACCAGGUCUCCAUGAGUCUGGCUGCUGGAGGCGAAGAAUCGAUGCAGAUGGACAUCACUCAGUCCUUGUCGGCAGCGCCAGCGCUCAAGCGCAGACGAAGCAGCAACACUGCAGCCGACGUGUCCGCCUCGACGGACGCCUCGGACAGCACCGAGCAUGGUGCGGAUGCCUCUUCCUCGGCCUUGGAUCAGACCACCACGAUGGAGUUCACCGGCGUGCACGCCCCAGUCAAUGGCGACGAGGACUCGGAAGACUCUGAUCACAGCGACGCAAGCGACGGCAUGGAGAUGACCAAAGCCAUCACCACUAGGAUCGAGGCCAAGAAAUACGGUGAUGCAACCACUACCAUCAUCACCAACUUCCCCGACACGGGCAGCAGCGACUCGGAAGGCGACGACACCAUCCAGCCAGACGCCACCUUGCCUAUGGAGAUGACUCGCGUGGUCACAGGCUUCAUCCGUGAGAAAGACCACGCCUCGAGCGAUAUGGAUUUCGUCGACUCGAGCUCCAGUGCACCUUUCGGGCUUGCUUCGUCUGACGACUUUUCGGAGGCUAUGGACAUGACGAUGCCCAUGGGCUCCAACGUAUCGCCUUCCAAGCCAAGCCAGAGCCUCACGAGGACGCCUACAAAGCUGGGCACCGGCGCACCGAGCCCGUUCCAGCCGACACCUGGCAAAUCGCCCAGCCGUUUCCGCCAGUCCUUGCGCGGAGGCAUGGCUGCCCUCGAGGCCAAUACUCACUCGCCCGCGCAGCGUGUCGGAGGUCCUUUGCCGCCUCAGGGACACGUUUCACACGCGGGCGUUCCGAGCGACAGCACAUCGUUCAGACGGUCCAUCAUUGGCGGUGUUGCCUCUCCUGCUUACCAGCAUUCCCCAGCGAGGCGCAUCCAGACGCAAGAGGCAGUCGACCGACGGUCGGGAGCUCCGCUCACAGCCGACAACUUGGCUCAGGCGAGCCGCCUGACCUCCGUGCGUGCGGCCGGUGCAUCGCCCUCUUCAAAGAACAAGGUGCCGGUGACGUCCGCCGUGGCUGGUCAACGCAAAUCGCUGAGCAGCGUAGGCUUCAACUGGCCCUCUGGACCUGUCGCAUCGACAUCGCGCUUCUCGCCGUCCAAGGGACUGAGCCCGAAGCGUCGCGCCGGCCGCUCAUCGCUCGUGGCCGCGAUCCUACCGGAUUCUUCAUCGGCAGCCUCCAACGAGGACUCGUUCCAUUCGGCGGUCGAGUCUGGUAUCAGGAGCGCAAACGGAGCCAGCAGCGAGCCGCAUGACAAUUCCAUCGCCCACUCUGCCGCGUCCGACAUCGGUGUGGGUGUCGACAGCUUCGACGACUACAGCAACGACGAGCGCAACCAGGUGCCAGUGCAGAUGCCGCUCAAUGACUUCCUUCGCUUCGUCGGCGUUCACUUUAACGACGACAUGAGUGCUUCGCGUCGCAAGCCAGUGCCGCCCGCCAGAGGCGAACAAGCUGCCGAAGACGGUGCAUCUUCGGAGCCGCAGGCGCCCGUCUCCAUGAUGCGCCUCGUUAAGGCUGCUUGUGGAACCGUGCCUCAGCUCGAAGCCCUUCGUGAGGCGUGCCGAGAGAUCAAAGAGCAGGUCGACGAUGGACGCGAAAAGAUGGUCGAGAUGGAGCAGGCUUUCUACGACUCUCCGCCCGACUUUGUCCGCGAGAUCAUGGGUCUUCAAAACGAGGAGGAGAGACGAGAUAUGGAGGCACAGUUCAAGCUGCAAAAGCAGGCCGCACGUGCUCUCGUCAGCGCCGACUACUACGGCUGGCGACUCGACAAGGAAUUCGACCAGGAGAUGAUUCAAACGCUCCAGGCGUACCACGGACGUCUUCAGUGCGAUCUCCACAUUGUCAACAGCAAGAAGGAGCAACUCCAGCAGGAGAUCCUCCCUGUCCUGCGCGUCAAGCACGCCAAGCUCAAGGCGGAUCUCGCCCUGGCCAAGCGGCGCCAAGCGGAGAUCGAGACAUGCGAUGCUGAGGAGCUCAAGGGACUGUAUUCGAGCAUCGAAGAACAGCACGAGGUGCUCGAGUCGAUGCGUGCCAAGCUGAUGGACAUCGAAGAGCAGCACGAACGUCUGCUGGUCCGACUCGAGGAGAAUCGCGAAAAGAUGGCUGCGGCUCAAGAGAUGGUCGACAAGGCGCACGCUACCGUCGAUCAGAUCCAGGGCUACACGCGAGGCGAGGCGGGACGUCUGCUGCGAGAAAUCCGCAACCUGGAGAAGUUGCACCUCGUUCGCAUCCUGGACAACGGUUUCGAUCCGAGCCUGGAUGAAGUGGAAGACGGAGCUGACAGCCUUGAGCAGGGAAGCGGCCGCGACGUGGUCCUGAUUCUGGAUGGAUGGCUCCAAGUGUCCAUGUCGCUCUUGGCCAGCAGCACGUCUCGCCAGCUGCCGAACAACAGCAAGGUGUCGCGCAUCCAGCUCAAGCAGAAGGGCACACGGGCGAGCAACGACGACACGAAUCUCGUCCGCAAGCUCUCUGUCCAGAUCCUGCAAAGCGACUUUGACGUCGAAUUUGCCGAUGGCGUGCCACAGGAUGCCCUCGUCAUCCUCCGCCGUAUCUCUCAAACGCUGAUCCGCCAACGCAUCUUGCUGGCCGAGAUCGAGCACCUCCGCUGCCGAUUCCCCGUGCAGCUCCUGGACGACAUGUCAAAGUUCCCAUCUACCAUCCUCAACGGGUCGCUCGACACAUCCACGAGCUCGUCGGCGGCCGCCGAGCGUGUCGACAACGAGGUGGCCUUGCAAGCCUCGGUGCUGCUGCCCAACAAACGUAGCAAGAUCGUCAUCACGGCAACUUCGGAUCUCAAAGGUGCGGGAGAGAGCCGCUCAAUUCUGUUGGCCGAUAGUGUGCGCGUCGAGAGGGUGUACGGGAGCGUCGACGCCGAGGCAAUGUCGCUGCAGAUCCUCGACUGCAUCGAGACGGAUCCCACGAUCGGCUCGUUGAGCAAGGCUUUCAUCGAGACCAUCGAGACUUUCGAUAGCUGA